GGUUCUGGAUGGGGCGGCUGGGUCGGCGCCCGCGGGAAGACUUGGGGCCCGGGGCCCUGCCCACAGCUAUCUCGUCGUUGAGCCGUGCCUUACGUGGAGGACUCGGCCCGGAGACCUUCCGCAAGGCCAAGUUCGACCUCCCCGAGGCGGUCGCCGAGCUUUGGUCCCUGCUUUUCUCCCUCCUCUGGCCCAUUCAUCAGGAGGGUGCUGUGGCCCCUAGGGAUCCUCCUGAUGCCCUCGAGGGCCAGAUCCGUUUUGUAAAGUGGGUACUGUGCUGCUAUGGCUAUGGGAGACGACAUUUUUACCAGCUUUCUGAAGAUGGCUCUUAUGGCAGUUAUGAGCUGUUGCUGGCCUUCUCUUGGCUACUUGUAUACCUCAGCCUGCCAGAGAGGUUUCUGUGCCUAAAUUGUGUACACCAGGGUGAUGAUGCUUGGAUCUGCUUGUGUAAGGACCUGGCCAGUUAUCCAGUCUCAUUGGCCCUUGGCGGUAAGGGAAGGGUAGACAUUCGUUAUGUUCAAUGGCUGCUUGGGAAACUGCGUUUCCAGUGGCGGAGUUUGUAUGCCAGCCAGCAAGAACAAUGCACCCUCCUGAAUAAGAUUCAUUUGUACACAAGAGGCUGUCAUCCUGACCCAAGCGUUGGCCAUCUCUCUGUCCCUGAACUAGAACUCCUCAGGUUUCCAGAAAGUAGCAAGCAACUGUUGCAGCAGUUGGAAUCAGAAAACUCUUGCCUGGAAGCUUUUCUGGAGUGGAAGCAUAUGGAGCUGGUAUACUGGCAGUGGAUGGAUACAGUGAUGGAUGCCAAUCCCAUAGGUAUUCCUAAUGCUGGUAAGCAGGAUGUGUUUUUGCCAGAGAUCCUACAAUACUGCAGCCCUAAGUACAUAACUGGGGAGAUGGACAGAGUACAGAAGAACCUAGAGGCACUGAGGCAAAGACUUCAGGAGACUGUGAAUCAGCAGAGAGCAGCAUGGCAUACCAAGGUCAGCAGGUGUUCCCGGAGGCUCCCAAGACUGUCAGAGCUAAGCACUGCUAUGAUGAAAGAAAUCCAGGAGACUGUGGGAUGUGAGCUGGCAGCUCUGGAGCAGGGCUGUGAGGUCAAGAGCUGGUCCCACAGGCUGCAGAGACUUGUGUUUAGAGAGGCUGGAGAGCCUAGCAAUAGUGGGACCCAUCAAAUGACCAAAGUAAUCCAGGUACUGAGGAGAGAGGAAGCUAGCCUCGAGAAAACAUUCAGAAGAUUACAGGAGGAAUGUCAACAAGAACUGGCCAUUCUGGCACGUGGACUGGAGGGGGUGAUCUGGAUCCUUCCACCAUAUCAAAGGUGGUGAAAGGAAGUCCCCAUUGAGAUACCUCUGCUUGCUUGGUCUGGUGUCAUGCUUGAAAUUUUACUCUCUUCCAGAUGUUGUGUUAGUUCAUAAUCAUGAUUGUGAAGGGAGUAAUUAAACCAAGAAUGUGUAGAAUUCAGACCAGACCCAUGCUAUCUCUAGCCAAUACCCUGUUACUUCUUUUGUAGUUAUCUCUGUCUCCUUGUGCUUCCCCCCAGACUACCUCUUUGUCUACAACUUCCCAAGCAAGUGGUAAUCCACCCUCCACUAGAGGAUCUCCAGUUCCAGAAGUUCUGCCUACCCAUUACUUCUGUCCAUUAGUGCUAGUUCUAUCCUUUGGGUCCAAACAAAUAAUUUUAAUACUUCUUCCCUAUGAUGGCCCUUUAGGGAUUUGUAGACAUGAUCAUGUCCACUCUGAGACUUUUUCUCUGGGCUAAGCAUACCUAAUUCCUCCAAUUUAUCCUUGUGUGUUAUGGUUUUCAAGAACUGAGAUGCUUCCACGUCCUUGUCACUUUCUGGACUUGCUUCAUUUUGGCUACAACCUUCCUAAAAUGUGGUAUCAGAAUACUUCAGAUAUGGGUUUGACUUGGGCAGAUUGUGUCCUUCCUUGUAUUACACCUGGCAUUUAAAGCCCUCCACAAUAUGGUUCUAAACUACCUUUCUAGCCUUAUUUCAUGUUAUUCCCUUUAAUGUAUUUUAUGCUCCAGCCAGAAAUUGUCCCCGUGCUCAAAGUUUGAUUUCUCUUUUCCAAUUGCACCUCAUAUAUUCCCAUAAGCUAUUCCCCCUUCCUGGGAUGCACUAUUUCCUUGUCUCCAUCUUUUAGUGUGCUGAUUUUCUUUCAAGGCUCAGCUCAGAUGGUAUCUCCUUCAUGUAACCCUCCUCUAACUAAAGUAUUCUUUUUAUUCCUAGGCACCAUCUGGAUCUCUCCUUUGUGUCCCCAUCACUUCCUACCUUGUUUUAUAUCUCUAUCUCUAUUUUAUCUUUCUAUCUCUAUCUUCUUCCCCAGCCUCCCCAGGGAUUGUACUUUUUAGAUUGCAUUCCCAGUUCCUUGAAUAUUUUUGGUACUUAAUAAAUACUUGUUGAAUUGAA